AUGUCUUCUGCAGAUGCUGUAAUUAGCAGCCCGCUUCGGUUCAAUGCUAGAAAGGUUGCCGUUGUGGGAGCUGGGCCAUGUGGUCUGGCUGCACUCAAAUAUUUGAGUGCGGAAAAGAGGUUCGAAAGACUGGUGGCGUUUGAACAGCGCAGCUCACCCGGCGGGUUGUGGAACUACACGCCCGAGGACCGCGAUGAUGGUUCUUUCGCCGUGCCGAAGACGAGGCCGACCAAGGAAGACCUCGAUAAACCCAUCUGGGGCAUCAAGUCUACCGCUAAUGGUGCUAUCAACGGUGCCGUGGUCAACGGGGACGCGAAAGAAGCCAAGUUCAUCUCCCCCGUGUAUGAGCUGCUUGAGACAAACAUUCCCAAGCAGCUCAUGCAGUUCCAUGACUUUGCGUUCCCGGAAGAAUCGCAGCUGUUCCCCAAACACUGGACAGUUGACCGCUAUCUGAAAGACUACGCCAAAGAGGUGGAGCAUCUGAUUCAGUUCCAAACCCAGGUGGCUGAUGUGAAGCUCCUGGAAUCCAGGGAGACUGACGGCCUUGUCGAGGAGCAAUGGAGCGUCAAUACCAAGAACGUCGUGACUGGGGAGUCAUCAGAGGAAGUUUUUGACGCGGUGGUAGUAGCGAACGGUCACUUCUACAUCCCCUUCAUACCGGAGAUCCAAGGCAUUCAGGAGUGGCACAAGGCGCAUCCAGGGAGCAUCACACAUUCCAAAUUCUACCGGACCCCAGACACUUUCAAGAACAAGAAAGUCAUUGUCGUGGGAAACAGCGCUUCUGGUCUCGAUAUCGGCAAGCAGAUUGGUGGCUUCUGCUCGGUACCUCUCAUCAACUCGAUCAAGUCUGAGUCGUACAUGGCGAGAGGCAAAGAUUCGUUCAAGAAGGAGGUUCCACCAAUCAAGCACCUCGACCCCAACACGCGCACCGCGACCUUCGAAGACGAUACAACCGAGUCCGACAUUGAUGCCAUCGUCUUCUGCACGGGCUAUCUCUACUCGCUCCCCUUCCUGUCCGACAUGCAGCCACCGCUCGUCACAGAUGGCACCCGAGUGGAAAACACGUACAAGCACGUCUUCUACACGCCGCACCCAACACUGUCCUUCCUGGUGCUCAACCAGCGCAUCAUCCCGUUCCAGACAGCCGAGGUGCAGGCGGCGGCGGUAGCGCGGACGCUGGCCGGCCGGUUGACGCUGCCGGCGGCGACGCAGAUGCGGGCCUGGGAACUGCACACGCUGGCCGUCAACGGCGACGGCAACGACUUCCACACGCUGGCGUUCCCCAACGACGCCGACUACAUCAACAUGAUGCACGACUGGGCCGCCACGGCCGAGGGCGAGGGAACACCCGGCGCGGGCAAGGUGCCGCCGCGGUGGACCGAGUGGCAUUACUGGUGUCGGGAGCGGUUCCCGGACAUCAGGGCCGCAUUCUCGGCGAAGGGCGAGGAGAGGAGGGAUGUCAGGGAGCUGGCGGAGGUCGGAUUCGAUUUCCAGGAGUGGAAGAAGCAGAAGGAGAGCGAGGCGAAGGAGCUGCUAUAG